AUGCCCGCUCAGAACAGCUCACACGGAGGAAAGUGGAAGGUCGCUCUCAUCGGGAGCGGAAACUGGGGGUCUGCGAUCGCCCGUCUCGUGGGAAAGAACAUCAAAGAGCGCAGCGACGAGUUCGACACCGAGGUCAAGAUGUGGUGCUACGAGGAGGACUUCGAAGGACGCAAGUUGACCGAGGUGAUCAACGAGAAGCACGAGAACGUCAAGUACCUCCCCGGGAUCGACUUGGGCGACAACGUCGUCGCCGAGCCCGACUUGAUCAAGGCCAUCGAGGGCGCCAACGCCUUGAUCUUUGUCAUUCCUCACCAGUUCAUCAUCGAGACGUGCAAGCAACUCGAAGGCAAAGUCCCUUCCAACACGCAAGCCAUCUCGCUAGUCAAAGGCGUCGACGUCAAAGACGGCCAAAUCCACAUCUUCAGCGAAGUGAUCAAAGAACACCUCGACAUCGAGUGUGCGGCCUUGUCGGGCGCCAACAUCGCCAACGAGGUUGCCAAGGAGGCCUUCUCCGAGACCACGAUCGGGUGCAGGGACAUCGAGGUCGCCAAGCGCUGGGCGAGGUUGUUCGAGACGGAGAAGUUUAGGGUCGCGGUUAGCAAGGACGUGCUUGGAGUCAGUCUCGGCGGAGCGCUCAAGAAUGUCGUCGCGGUCGCGGCGGGCUUGAUUGACGGAUUGCAAUGGGGCAACAACGCCAAGGCCGCCAUCAUGCGCAUCGGUCUCCUCGAGAUGAAGCGGUUCGCCCUCGAGUUCUUCCCCGGCACCGAACCCGAAACCUUUGUCCAAGAAUCCGCCGGGAUCGCAGACUUGAUCACGUCUUGCCUCGGAGGGAGGAACAGGAAGUGUGCCGAGGCUUUCGUGACGACGGGCAAGACGUUCGAUCAGUUGGAGAAGGAGAUGCUUAAUGGACAGAAACUCCAGGGCGUCCAGACAGCCAAAGAGCUGCACGAGUUCCUCAAGGCCCGCGGAAAGGCCGACAACUACCCUUUGUUCACCUUUGUCUACCGUGUUGCGUAUGAGGGCGUCAAGCCGGAUACGAUCACGGCGCACAUCUAG